AUGGCCGCCAAUAACGAUGUCUACCAGACACCCCUUAACUCUCGCUAUUCCAGCGAUGAGAUGAAAUACCUCUUCUCCCCUCGCAUGAGGUUCUCAACAUGGCGCAACCUGUGGAUUUGGCUGGCCGAGUCCCAGAAAGAGCUUGGACUCCCCAUCACCGACGAAGCCAUUGAGCAGAUGAAGUCCCACGCUGUCAUUCAGGACUCCGAAUUCAAGGUUGCCGCCGAGGAGGAAAAGCGUCGGAGACACGAUGUCAUGGCCCACGUCCACGCCUUUGGCCUCGUUGCCCCUGCCGCCGCCGGCAUUAUUCACUGGGGCGCUACCUCCUGCUACUGUACCGAUAACGCGGAUCUGAUUCUCCUGCGUGACGGGCUCGAUAUUCUCAUUCCCAAGCUUGCCGUCGUCAUCGAUAAGUUGUCCCAAUUCGCCCAGCAGUACAAGGAUUUGCCCUGCUUGGGCUUCACUCAUGGCCAGCCCGCCCAGUUGGUUACUGUGGGAAAGCGUGCUUGUCUAUGGAUUCAGGAUCUGCUCAUGGACCUGCGUAACCUUGAGCGGGCGCGCAAUGAUCUACGCUUCCGUGGUGUCAAGGGUACUACUGGUACACAGGCUUCCUUCCUUCAGAUCUUCGAGGGUGACCACGACAAGGUCGAGAAGCUCGAUGAGCUGGUCACUGAGAAGGCCGGCUUCGACUCUGCGUUCAUUAUUUCCAGUCAGACCUACUCUCGGAAGAUCGAUGUGGAUGUCGGCAACGCACUCGGCUCUUUCGGCUCUACUUGCGAACGUAUUGGAAUUGAUAUCCGCCACCUUGCUAUGCUCAAGGAGGUUGAGGAGCCCUUUGAGAAGGACCAGAUUGGUAGCAGUGCUAUGGCUUACAAGCGUAACCCCAUGCGUUCCGAGCGUCUUUGCUCUCUUGGUCGCCACCUGCAGAACCUUCCCAAGGAUGCUUUGGACACCUACUCGGCUCAAUGGUUUGAGCGCUCGCUGGAUGACAGUGCCAUCCGCCGUAUUAGCAUUCCGGAGCUUUACCUCUCGGCCGACGCUUGUCUCAUUCUGCUGAACAACGUCACCUCUGGCUUCGUUGUCUACCCCGAGGUCAUCAAGCGUCGUGUGAAUGAUGAACUUCCCUUCAUGGCCACUGAGAACAUCAUCAUGGCCUGUGUGAAGAAGGGUCUCUCCCGUCAAGAUGCCCACGAAGAAAUCCGUGUGCUCUCUCAUCAAGCCGCCGACAAUGUCAAGAAGCACGGCAAAAACAACGACCUCCUCGAGCGCAUCCGCCGCACCGAAUUCUUCAGUCCCAUCCUCCCGAGCUAG